CUGGCGCAUGGGAGCAGCUGCAGCUAGUCAACAGCAACUGCUGGCGGCCUGCACCAGCACUUGGCGACCUGCAGCAACACCUGGCGGCCUGGUGGCUUGCAGCAACACCUGGCGGCUUGGAGGCCUGCAGCAGCACCUGGUGGCCUGCACUAGCAACAGGUCUUCUGCCCUUGAACAAAUGAGUGGCUUCUCCCCACAUGACUCU